CCAUGUUCGCCGAGAUGAACCGCAGGACCUUGGCGUUCCGGGGGGGCGGCCUGGUCAGCGCCACCGCCGCAGUGGGAGGAGGGGCCCCGACGGCUAACGGCAACAGCGGGGGUGGUGGCAGCGGCGGCGGCGGCCCGGGCGAGGCCUGGGUCCGUCAGGAGGCCGAGCAGCUGAACGGCCAGGGGGUGGAGGAGGAAGUGGAGCUGGAGACCGUGGAGCUGGAGGUGGCCGAGCUGGAGGCCACGGACGCCGUGGGGAAGGAGCUCUUGCUCUUGCCGACCACUCCUCCGGACUCGGUGGGCGCCGCUGCCGUCACUGCUGCCCGGGUUGGCCCUAUGUUCGCGGAGAGGAACCGCCGGACCUUGGCCUUCCGCGGCGGGGGCUCGGCGGCGGCGGCGGCGGCGGCGAACAAUGGCUGCGAGGCGGCGGGGGCGGCCUGGCCGCGGCGGCCGUUGAACGGGCGGGGCGGGGGCGGCGAGGAGGAGGAGCUGGAGCUGGAGGGCUUGCUCGAGGGGAAAGAGCUGGUGCAGGACGGGGGGUCGCUGAGCGACAGUAGCGAGGACGAGGAGGACGGCGAGGGGGGCAGCCUGGGCGAUGGCAGCGGCGCCGAGGGCGGCAGCUGCAGCAGCAGCAGGCGGUCCGGGGGGGACGAGGCGGAGGUCAACAGCGUGGGCGCGGGGGAGGGGGAGAGCAUUCAACAUUUCCCGCUGGCGGCCCGGCCCAAGUCCCUCCUGCAGAAGCUGCACGUCUCCUUCCAGAGCUCCUGGCUCAAGGAGUUCCCAUGGCUGCAAUACUGCCAGCAGACAGGGCUAGUGUCCUGUGCCUGGUGCGCCGCCGCCGCCUCGGCGACCUCCUCCACGGACGGCGGCAACAACAGUGGCGGCGGCCACGACGAGCUCUGCAAGGGCACCCGCAACUACAAACGCGCCCUACUACUCAGGCACCAUCUCUCGGCAGAGCACCGACUCAACGAACCCGUCACUGCUGAGCAGGAAUCGGAAAUAACAUCGGAAUUGGCUAAUGAGAGAGAUUGUGAUUACAACAUUAGGCCAAAUGAGAACUCUUACUGCUAUCAACUAUUACAAGAAUUAAAUGAGCAGAGAAAAAAGGGCAUUCUUUGUGAUGUCAAUAUUGUGGUGAGUGGAAGGGUCUUCAGAGCUCACAAAAACAUCCUGGUUGCAGGCAGCCGUUUCUUCAAGACUCUGUAUUGCUUUACAAACAAAGAAAGCCGUAACCAAACCACUGUUACCUAUUUAGAUGUUGUUGCUGUUCAGGGCUUCUCUGUCAUCUUGGACUUCCUAUAUUCUGGUAACCUUGUGCUUACAAGUCAGAAUGCAAUUGAAGUGAUGUCAGUGGCCAGCUACCUUCAAAUGACAGAAGUUGUUCAAUCCUGUCGCAAUUUUAUCAAAGAUGCCUUAAAUAUAAGCAUAAAAUCAGAAGCCCCAGAAGCUGUAGUUGUGGAUUACAAUAGAAGAUCUAUUAGUAGAGAUGGAUUAACUUCAAGGGAUCAGAAAGUUGCUAGUUUUUGGGCCACACGAAAUCUUACUAACUUGGCAAGCAGUAUAAAAACUGAAAAUGAUGGCUAUUGCAUGGAUGAGAGCCAAUCUGAAAACUACCAAAUGAAUGAUUGGGUCCAGGACAGCUCACCUGAAAUGGCUGAAAAUGAAUCUCAAGGUGAGGGAAAGGUCUUUGUAUGGAAUGACAUGAGCUCACAGGGACAAUCAGUUCAAGAACCUGGAAAAGGAAGAAGGAAAAACCAAACUGCAAAAAGGUUUGUUUACAAUAUACCACCCAAUAAUGAAGAAACAUUAGAAGAAUGCUCAGCUACCCAAACGUCGGUCCAAUACCCAGAGGAAGACUUGCAGUUUAUCAAAGAAGAAGCAGGUACCUCAAGUGAUUUCAAGUUUGGAAUGUUUCCUGGUAUCUCAAGUGAUUUCAAGUUUGGAUUAUUGCCAGGUACUUCAAAUGAUUUCAAAUACGGCUUGUUACCUGAAUCCUGGCCGAAAGAAAACUGGGAAAAUGGUGACUCUUCUUUAAUCAUGAACAAACUGAAGUGUCCACACUGUAACUACGUAGCCAAAUACAGAAGAACACUAAAGAGACAUUUGCUCAUUCAUACUGGAGUGAGAUCUUUUAGCUGUGACAUUUGUGGAAAGCUGUUUACUCGUAGAGAGCAUGUAAAGAGACAUUCCUUGGUUCACAAAAAGGAUAAGAAGUAUAAAUGUAUGGUGUGUAAGAAGAUUUUCAUGCUAGCAGCAAGCGUUGGAAUAAGACAUGGAUCUCGACGUUAUGGUGUUUGUGUUGACUGUGCAGAUAAAUCUCAACCAGGAGGGCAAGAGGGAGUAGACCAGGUACAGGACACAGAUUUUCCUAGAGAUGAAGAGUUUGAAGAAAAUGAAGUGGGGGAGGCUGAUGAAGAGCUGCCUGAUGAUGUGGAAGAACAGAAUGAUCAGACUCGAUGGGAUGAAUCUGGGGAAGUCUGUGUGCCUUUAGAAGACUGAUGGGCUUGAUCUUUUAGAUGCUUUAUUUAGAUGUCAUAUGGACUUGACCAUCUUGAAUUUUUGGACUGAAAGCUUGGAAAAUAUGGUACAGGCUGGAUGGAAGUUAUGUUGCUGUGAAAAUUGUAGGGUCAAAGCCUUAUAGCAAAAAAGGAUUAUUAAUUUUUUAAAGAUAUUUGCACAGGACUGUACAGCAUACAGCCAUUUGGUUGAAUUAUAGAGUCCUCACAUCUACAGUCAAUUAUCAAAAGAAAAUGUAUUUUUUAUUAUUUAUAGGAUAUAGCUAUCUGGGUCCUAAUCAAGCAUAGUAAUAACUAUGCUUGGGUUAGACAUUCAUGUGUUCUUUAACAUGAAUGAAGCAAAUUGCAAUCUUUGGAGAUGGCUCCCUUGAUUCCAAUCAUAGUUUGUGAACAAAUGUGGCUAAUUUGGGCUAGUGGCUCAUGUUUCCUGAAAGGGGACUUUGCCACAACUCCCUUGCCUUCCCCUCAAUGGUUUAAAUAUCAGCAUCGUGAUGUCCUGGAUCUAAAUCACUUAGUUUUGUCAGGAUAAGCUUUAGCUGACAAGUCCUGGAGAACUUAAUCAUUUAUAUUUAAUUUACUGACUUCUUGGGUUUUGAUAUCUUGAGUUUGCAAAUAGCUACUACUUUCACCAAAUACACAAUAAUGACUUAAAACUGCAAGGAGGAUUGUGAUUGGAAUGCAAGUAAUUUUCUCCUUGUCACUUAAAGAACUUUAUAUUAGACACUUUCUGGCAUGGCUGCCAAUGUUUUAAUUUAUGUUUUGUUAGCACUAUUCCUAUUGGCUAUCAUUUUUAUUCACUACUGUAUACCUCAGUCCAUUACAAAGCUUAGAGUUCUAGAAUCUGAGGAGGAGUGUAAUAGAAAUAAAUGUAAUUGGCUUUUUUGGGGGGGCGUUUAGUUUAACCCAGUUUGUCUGCUUUUGUCUAGUUUUGUUAUGUGGAAAAUUAGACACAAGGCUGUCCUUUUUUCCCCCUCCUUUUUUUUUUGUGCCCCGUUGCUCUUCAUUAAAGUGAACACAAAAUGAACCUUUGCUUCUCUCCUAUUUUGGGGGUUCUUUUAUAUACCAAACAAACUACAUUUAACCUGGCAGCUUAAUUUGCUGGAACGUUUUUUAAAAAAUAUUUGUUCGUAUAACUGCUAGAGCUAUUUAUCCCCAAUGCUCUUUGCUUCUGUUUUUGGAUGAGAUGUUGAAACUUGAAUUUUUGUAGCCAUAAAUCUUUUCUAAACUUGUUAUAUUGUACCAAUGAUUUCAGGCCUUUUUUCUGAGGGAAGGGAGGGUAUUGCACCUUUUUAUGCUUAGAAUUCUCAGCUUCAUCUAGCCUGAAUGCAAGUGAGCUACCUGAAUUUUAGACACUGCAUUCAAUAUAUUACUAUGUCACAAUGAAUAAAAUAUGCACAGCAUUUACCAUAACACAUAGCUAGGCCAGUGUGAUAGUACUGUAUUAUAAGUUGAGGGGUCACCAUAUUUGAGUUUGUUAACUUUAAAAUGAGUAUAUUUUCCUAUUUUAUAUCUGAGAACUAAAUUAUGGUAGUUGUGUGGUAAACUUAAUUACUUUGACAGAUAGAAUCUUAAUGGUGCUCCAUCUGAUCAAAGUUGAUAUAUAUAUAAAUAUAUUUAAAGAGACAGCUUUAUUAUCCCUUACUUCAGUAAACAAUGGAUUAAUGUUAGACACUGUUUCUGCAGGAUGAAACAGAGAUCGAAUUAUAUGGGUAUUAAAUUGUAUAACCUUUUCUAUCCAAAUCUUUCAUUGGUAGAUUCCACAUCACUGUAAACCUGACAGAUGGGUAGUUCUUGGCUUUUGCUUUUAAAAAAUCUGAAUACAUCUUAUUCUCGUUCUAGACUGAUGUGUAAUUCUGGUGGGGUCCAAAGUAGAAAAUAGUGGGCAAAGAUAAUAUGAAUGGGAAGUAUUUUAAACGUUAAGUAAAUGUUCUGCUCUGUGAAUAUGUAAGUUAUAGUAUAAAGAUUCUUCCAUCCCAUUUAUUCCCCUUAAAAUAGUUUACAAUUGGUAGAUCUGAUAUAUAUAUAUAUAUAUAUAUAUAUAUAUAUAUAUAUAUAUAUAUGAAAUCCACCUAAAUCUGCUUUAUUAGAGCAUACUACUCGCUUAAUGCUUAAACUGGACCUGGCUUUACAUUCUUAAUGUAUUUUACUUAUUCUCUUGAAACCGAAUCUCCUUUUGCUACUUAAAUCAUUUAUGUAUAUCUGGUAAAUUAUGACCAAAUUUGUUGUUAGAUUGCAUACAGUAAAUUGAAAUAUACACUUGGUACACUACAGAA